ACCCUCACCCCCGUGACGCGAACAAAAUCGGACCCAACCUUCCAAGUCUCCACCCCGCAGCCCACUAUCUCUCCUCCCACUCCACGCCACAGAUCUCUUCUCCGUUCCCCUCUCCCGGCUUGCUCUCCACACCAUGGCGGAGGACGCCCCCAACGCCGGUGCCGAGGGCGGCAACCCCUCGCCUCCCGAAGCCACCGUCGAAUCCCCUCCCGCGCCCGCUGAGAAGGCCUCCUCCGCGGAGGCGCUGCUCCCGUCGCUCAGCAUCUGGCCGCCGUCGCAGCGCACGCGGGACGCCGUGGUGCGGCGGGUCGUGCAGACCCUGGCCGCGCCCAGCGUCCUCUCCCAGCGCUACGGCGCGCUCCCGGAGCCCGAGGCCGAGCGCGCCGCCGCCGCCGUCGAGGCCGAGGCCUUCGCCGCCGCCUCGGAGUCCACCGGCAGCUCCCCGGCCUCCCUGGAGGACGGGAUCGAGGUCCUCCAGACCUACUCAAAGGAGGUCAGCCGCCGCCUCCUCGAGCUCGCCAAGUCCCGCGCCGCCGCCGCCGCCGCUCCGGCUCCCCUUGCGGAGCCGAGCGCGGAAGAGUCGGAGGCUGCUCCGGCCCCCGCGGAGGAGUAAGGUGCUGGCCCCGAGCUCUGAUCCACCGAGAACUGCUGCUAUUUCAGCAUUUCGUUGGAAAUUAUUUAUCAUUUCUAGUAUCCGUAUGACUAUUACUCUAUCGGAGAUGUGCUUGAGAUGAUGAGUUAAUGUCUGAUUUGUGAACCUGGUACCUUGUUACAGACUUUAAGCUAUAUCAGAUUGUCAGGUGCAUCUUUUGCCCAAUAGGUGUGCAUGAAUGAUUCCUUUAGGUAUUCUGGCUAUUAGUUUAUGAGGAGAUUGUAUCGAUGAGUAUUUGUAGCUAUAGUACCAAUAUUAUGCUUGUUCUUUCUGUAUCUACUUUGUUUUUGUUCGGCUGGUA